AUGUACUCUAGGAGCAGUCGCAACGCAGUCGGUGCGCUUGACGGACGCGGCCUGGUGGCCGUCAUCAAGAGGCAGGUGCCGCUUGCCGGGCAGCUUGACCACCAGCUCGCCUGGGGCCAGGGCUGGGGUUGGGUAACGCUGCCUAAUGGCGUCUGGAGCGGGCGUUUGACUUGGUCACAAGAGGGCGAAGACUUUGCCCUUCACGCGAUGCCAAUUAUGCACCACACAAACGUCUCCCAAGCCUGCUCCAUGCUCGACGGGGUGACCGCAUACGAAGCAUCCGCUUACGAACAAGCUCUGGCCGAAUACGACGACACGGCCACCACAUCCGACGACUGGGACUUUGGAGUAGAUUGCGGAGACUUCAUGAUGUAA